CAAGAUGAUGAUUUCGAGAAUAUGACACGACAUUUCAUAAACUACCUACCAAGCUAUGCUUCAUCAAUGCACUACAAUUAUCACUGUAACCUACUACCAUUAAAUCGCGUAACGUGGUGUUAUACAUCGAUGUUAAUUUCAUCGAAUCUGGUGGGGUUUUCCUAACUAAAUCUAGACAGCCAAGCUAGAGAAGACGGGCGUUAUACUAACGUAAUGUUCCCUUUGUUGGCAUCACGGUGGCGUGGAACAUAUCCAUAUACUACUUCACGGAGCGGUCGGUCCAUAGUCAGCACUACAUAGCUACCUACUUGACUUACUGACCUGCUCCGGGACGGACUUAGGCACGAUGUUAAGGACCGUUGGAUAUUGGAUAGGUUUCACAUGAUGAUGGAGCAAGACACAUACUCGCGUCACUUGCUUUUGCAAGACUUGGGAUAAAUAUUCUCACCGUCCGCCUGUCUAGUCUACUUCAUCAUACAUCUCACGUAUAGGUACUGUCAAGACUCUACUGAGCCUGAAGAGGAUUUCGAUCACACGAUAAACCAAAUCAAUUAGAACAAACAUGUCUUUACCAAAAACCUUCAAGGCCGCCGUCCUUGAGAAGCCAGGCCAACCUAUCGUGAUCAAGGACAUCGAGCUGAAACAUCCGGGUCCCAGACAGGUUCUUGUCAAGGUGCUCGCUUGCGGCGUAUGCCACUCGGACGUCUUCGAGGCAGCCGGCCUCAUGCACAACGAAUUCCCCCGCAUCCCCGGACACGAGAUCGUAGGCGACGUCGUUGCCAUCGGUAGCGAUGUGACGAGGUUUACGGGUGGUGAACGGGUUGGCGGACCCUGGCAUGGAGGCCACGACUCUUCCUGCCGCCAAUGCGCCCGCGCCUACUUCCAAAUGUGCAAUAACGCCGUCGUGAACGGCAUCUCCGUCGACGGCGGGUACGCCGAAUACGUGCUCCUGCGCGAAGAAGCCGUCGUCCGCGUCCCGCGCGACGUCGACCCCGCCGAAACCGCGCCCCUCCUAUGCGCCGGCGUCACUGUCUUCAACGCCGUCCGCAAACUGCACGUUGAACAGGGUAAUGUCGUGGCUGUGCAGGGCGUCGGUGGGUUGGGACAUCUUGCGAUUCAGUAUUUGAGUAAGAUGGGGUACCAUGUUAUUGCGAUUAGCUCCGGGGAGAGUAAACGGGAUUUCGCGGUUAAGCUUGGUGCGCAUGGGUUUAUUGAUGCCGGGAAGGAGGACGUCGUGCAGGCUUUGAUGAAGAUGGGUGGUGCGGCGCUGAUUGUGGCGACGGCGCCGAAUCCGAAGGCGAUAAGUCCGCUGGUGGGCGGGUUGCAGGUUGGUGGGAAGUUGUUGGUGCUGGCGCCUAUUGGGCCGGUUGAGUUUGAUACGGGGUUGUUGGUGCAGAAGGGGGCGAGUAUUCAUGGUUGGCCUAGUGGACAUGCGUUGGAUUCUGAGGAGGCGAUUCAGUUUGCGAAGGAUCAUGGGGUUAGGUGUCUUAUUGAGAAGGUCAAGCUUGAUGAUGUGGAGAUGGCGAUGGAGGCGUGUACUACGGGGAAGGUGAGGUUUAGGGGGGUGAUUGUGUUUUAGGGGUGGUGAAGUGGUGGUGAGCUUUGUAUUCGGGAUGAGAUAUGAUGGGGUUUAAAACUGUCUAGUUUAUC